UUCCUUAUACGCAUGCGCAUCUUAACAUCCUGCCAGUUCGAAAACAACGCGAGGGAAAUACGAAGUAAAAGGAGGAUCUGGACCAUGUUUCCGACCUGAAGGCCGCCGCCCUCGCCAUGCCUGUCAUCGUGUUGGCGGAAGGGGCGGGGCCAGGCGGCCACCUGACCAUCGUUCCGAUCACAGACAUCAGCACCGACGGCAACCACAGCCACCACUCCGUCAAGGGCCGAGUGGUCCACAAAGGGCCGCUGGUGUCGUCGCCGAGUCACGACUUUAUUCUGAAGGCCGUCAUUGAAGAAGAGAAGUCCGGACCCAAGGAGGCCUCGUCCAUCAACUUGGUCCUGCUGGGGAUGCUGGCCAGCGACUUCUGCCAGGCUGUCAAUCAAGGGGACGUGGUGACGGCCUCGGGCUUCGCGGUGGGCAAGUCUCCCACGGCGCAGAAGGACAAACGUCAUUCGUGCAACCUGCUGCUGUCGGGAGAGCAAGCCUUCGUCCGCGUGUCUCGGCGCCCGCCCGGUCAGCUCGCAUCUCCGCAACAAGCCAAGAAGAAAAAAACGCCUCCCCCUACUGCGGUUCCCGACGCGCCGCCGUGCACGUACGUCAAGCUGGGGGAGCUGAAACCCGGAGCCGUGGUCAACGUGUACGGCGUGGUGGUCUUCUUCAAACAGCCCUUCAAGAGCCGCGGCUCAGACCUCUGCUCCUUCCUGAAGAUCAGCGAUCAGUCGGGGCAAAAGGUCAGCUGCAACAUCUUCUCCGCCAAACCGGAGAGGCACCCGCAAAUCUUCCAGAUCGGCGACAUCGUGCGCUUACACAAAGUCAAGGUUACGUACGGCCCGGGAGGAAUCAAAGCCGCCGUGAUCACCACCUACGGCUUUUCCGCGCUGGCCUUCAGCGGGACGGUGGGCGCCGAGGUGGAGCCGCGGGGCUCCGGCCCCACCCGCCGCCUCUCCGAGGAGGAUCGGCGCAUCGUGACGGAGCUGCGCUCCUGGGCGGCCGGCCGGGAUCUGCUGCCCCCGGACCCCACCGUCUCGCUGGCCCGCGUCCAGCCCAGAAUGUACUUUAACCUCGCCUGCCAGCUGCUCGCCAAAGCGCCCGUCGACUCCAGGUGCACCCUGCUCAGGGUGUGGGACGGCACCCGAUGUCCGCACGCUCUGCUGAACGUGACGGUGGACUCGGACGUGGUGGAGGGGCCGCCCUCUUUCGCCGAGGAGCAGGAGAAGCUCAUCGUCAACGUGCUGGUGUACGACGAUCACGCGCAGUCCGCCCAGCAGCUCAAGCCCGGAGACUUUGUGAAGAUCUUCAACCUGCGAGCCAUCGUGGGUUCCGUCAAGAUCCCGGGACGGAGCGGCGGCCGGGCCGAGGAGGUCGACCGUCUCUCCUUUCACCUGCACGGCGGCACGGCGUACAGCAGGGGCGUCCGCCGUCUGCCCGACGACAGCCCCGACCUUCGGGAGCUCAGGAGAGUCAUGCGAGUGUUCCGGGAAAGCAACGAGGGGACGCAAGCCGAACUGCACGACUCCGCCAUGUGGGAAAUCUGGAACACGCCUCCGAAGUCUCCGGGGGGUGGGGCUUCAGUGGAGUUCAGCACAGGUAUGAAACACAAUCGUGCAGCGGUGGAUCGAAGGUGUCAGCACGACGUUCGUCCCGUCACUCUGGGCGAGCUGACGCGUGGCGAGCCCGCCGGCGUUCAUCACGUCAGAGCCCAGCUACGAUCCUACGAGCCCCGUCGACUCCACCGGGCGCUCAAACUCUACUGCAGCAAGUGCACCUCCAUGCAGGACGUUCCCGACGACAAGCGCUUGGCGAGCGUGUUCGCCGAGGGCUACGGCGUCGACCUGGGCGCUCCCUCCGCCCGCCCGCCGCCCUGGUCCCGCUCGGGGCGGGUCUACCUGCCCGGCUACGACCCGGUGGAGGGACCGCCCGCUCGCGUGCUCGGCGUUCACCUGUCGGAGCGACUCAUGUCCCAGGGGAGGACCAAGGAGCUCAUCUUCCUCACGGGUUCCACGCUCGAGGAAGCGCGUCACCUCGCGGGCACGUACCGCAACGUGGUCCCCGUCCACUCGGCGCCGGGAUGUCAUCCGACUCUGCUGGACCUGAGCGCGCCCUUCCUUUUUCGCGGCAAGAGGAGGUUCUACGGCUGUAAGCGAUGUUCUGAGGGCGCCGCCAUCAGAGAACCGACAACUGGCAGAGACCAAAUCAUCGACGAGAAGAUCAUCGCAGAAGCAUUUGGCGUUCAACUGCUGAAGUUCGUCUUGCUGCUCAAGUUCCGUCUGCAGGACGCCAGCGACGCGCUGGACGUCUUCCUUUGGAGAGACGCGGAAUCCUUUUUCGACGUGUCGGCGGACGAUGCCGCAACCAAUCAGGAAGCUCAGGACCAGAUCCAGCGAACGAUGGACUCCCUUUGUCCGCCGAAGGGCGCCGGAGGUGAACGGCCCUGGCUGGACUUGUGUUUGGCGGCGUACCGGGCUACCGACGUCGAAAGCCGGCAAACCUUCUACCAGAUCUGUCACACCAGCGUCAAAAACGCCUUGACCCAAAAAGACACGAGCCCAUAAGACUCGCUCGGGCUUUAUUUUAUCUUUAUAUAAAAAAAUGACAUUUAAGAGGACCCUUUCAAAAUAAUUCAGUUGCUGUUAAUCAUGUUGCCGGCCUUCAAAAUAAGACAGCUCUAACUUGCAGAAUCUUUUACCGUCAUUUUGGCUUUGCGUUUUGAGUAAAAAGCAAAGAAAAUGUGACAAAUGGGCAAGGUGUCGGGACACAACGGGAAGUGAACAAAGGUCAAUAUGGGCAAAAAGUCUUGGGACAAGGAUGGGAAUUGCGCAGAGGAAGUGAAAAUCUGUUUUGGACUAAAUGAAUGGGACACAUUCAGGAAGGAAUGCCAUUUUUGGGCAAAAUUAUUAGGACGCUCCAAUUGAAAAGCGGGGGAAACGUGGCAUUUGCACACAAUUAUUCAGAUACAUACGGCAAGUGAAGAAAAUGUGCAUAAAAGUAUCAGGACAUACAGAAAGUAAAAAUGGCCAAAACAGAAAUACGAUAACUCUCGAUCAGGAAUAAUAACUUGUACACUGCUUAACUUCUUUUUACACUUGUGUGACAGGUGAAAAUGUUCGAAUAUGACGUAAAUUAAGCCGCUGCCCGUUCAGUCAAUAAAGUUGUUUCUAGUGGCCUAAGCUUUA